UAGCACGGGGACCCGCUGCCUUGGGCGCUCUCCGCCGCUCUUGCUUCCUCUGGGGCCGCCGGAGGUCACUGUGCUAGGCCGGGCCGCAGCCGUCCCUCCGGCCUGAGGGCCGCUCCUGCGCCGGUGGAGGCGUUACGGUGUCCGGCUGUCCCCGGGCGGCGGGGCGGUCUUGGCGGGCGUUUCCCGUUGGGCUGGGCCGGUCUGGCGUGGGUCUGCGGCCCGAGGCGAGGCAGGGCGGGGCAGGGACGCGCGUUACCGGUAACUGCUCUUGCAUCUAGGACUGGGCUGUAUGAAAACUCCCAAAGGAAAUGCCAGUUGGGAUGGCUAAAGAUCUGGAGGAAAGUGGCUCAUCUUCAGAGGAGGAAGAAGAUCCUAUAGAUGCACUGGAGGGUCAUCCAUGUAUCAAGUGGACAGGUGGUGGCUGCAGGCGGGUCCCUGUCUUGGUGUUUCAUGCUGAAGCCAUUCUGGCUAAGGACAGCUACCUCCGUCUAAUUGGAGAACGCUUCCACAUGUCCUAUAAGAUUGUGCGGACAGAUAGCCGGCUGGUUCGGAGCAUUCUGACUGCCCAUGGAUUCCAUGAAGUUCACCCUAAUAGCAGUGAUUAUAAUCUCAUGUGGACAGGAUCACACUUGAAGCCCUGCUUGCUGCGUUCCCUUACAGAUGUUCAGAAAGUCAACCAUUUCCCUAGGUCAUAUGAACUGACACGAAAGGACAGGCUAUACAAGAAUGUCUGCCGAAUGCAGCUCACCCAUGGGUUCAAGACAUUCCAUAUCUUACCUCAGACCUUCAUCCUCCCAACAGAGUACCAGGAGUUCUGCAAUACCUAUUCUAAGGACAGAGGCCCGUGGAUAGUGAAGCCUGUGGCCUCUUCCAGAGGUCGAGGUGUCUACCUGAUAAAUAACCCAAACCAAAUUGUAGUGGAAGACAACAUCUUGGUGUCUCGUUACAUCAGCAAUCCCUUGCUCAUAGAUGAUUUCAAGUUUGAUGUACGUCUCUAUGUUCUGGUUACAUCCUAUGAUCCCCUUGUCGUCUAUCUCUACGAGGAAGGAUUGGCCAGAUUUGCAACAGUGAGAUAUGACCAGGCAUCCAAGAACAUUAAAAACCAGUUCAUGCAUCUGACCAACUACAGUGUCAACAAGAAGAGUGGAGAUUAUGUCAGCUGUGAUGAUCCUGAAGUAGAGGAUUAUGGCAACAAGUGGAGCAUGAGUGCAAUGCUGAGGUACUUAAAACAAGAGGGGAGAGACACUGCAGCACUGAUGGCCAACGUGGAGGACUUGAUUAUCAAGGCUCUAGUUUCUGCUGAGCUGUCCAUUGCAUCAGCUUGUAAAAGUUUUCUUUCACAUCGUGGCAGCUGCUUUGAGCUAUAUGGUUUUGAUGUCCUUAUCGAUGACACUCUGAAACCCUGGCUGUUGGAAGUGAACCUGUCCCCAUCGUUGGCCUGUGAUGCUCCUUUGGACCUGAAGAUCAAAGCUAGCAUGCUUUCAGAUAUGUUCACUCUUGUAGGCUUUGUAUGCCAGGAUCCAGGCCAGCGGUCAAACCGGAGCAUUUAUCAUUCGUCUGAGUCUGUCAGAAGAAAUCCAUACCAGAAGCUGCAGCGUCCUGUGUCUGCGCAGUCACAAAGAGCAAACAGCAGAUCACAUACCCGUCCUCUGUCUGCCAGCGAUGCUGAAGUUAAGAGUUCGAUGCCUUUAGGCAGGGAAAAGGCAUCAGGAAGGCACAGCAGCUCUAUGCUAGGCCUCUCCAUGGAGGAGAUCAAAGUUCUUCGGCGAGUGAGGGAGGAAAAUGAACGGAGAGGAGGCUUCAUCCGGAUAUUCCCUACUCCAUUAACAUGGGACCUUUAUGGAUCCUUUCUGGAGCACAAGACAUCAAUGAACUACAUGCUGGCUACACGUCUGUUUAAAGACAGGAGCAAGACGAAAAGAGAGUUCAUCCCUGGAAGAUCCCGAGCAGGUCUCCAUGGAAGGCUGGAUAGGAGGAUGGAAGCUGUGGGCUCUCAUGCUCUCUUUUAUGAGAGGAAGCUCGUUUCACUGGAGUUACGGAAGCGGCGGCGGUACCAUGGCAAGGUUGGAGCAGCACAGACAAGAGCAUCAGGCACAUCAGAACCAGCAAAGCUGUCCCUCAAGUCAGACACAGAAGGUGAGGAGGAAGAGGAGAUGGAUGAGGAUGAGGAUGAAGACGUAGAUAGAAGUGUUUGCUCUCUUUCGGACACCCAGGUGAAAAACAAGCCAAAGCUCUCUGACUCAGUGAAAACUGCUUGUAAGGAGAGGUUACAAAAAAAACAUAACAAAAAAACUGGAGAUGGAGAAAAGCUGUUUCUGCAAAAACCAGACUCAAAAUCUCAGUUUAACUUGCUUCAGAUUCUUCAAAAUCAAGGAAACUUGAGCAAAGUACAAGCUCGUACAGCUUUCUCUGCCUAUCUACGGCACGUUCAGCUCCGACUGGUGAAGGAGGCUGGAGAACAGAUCCAGAAUCCUGCCUGGGCUGCCAAAGAGGAUGAGCAAAUGGACCUCAUCAUCCGCUUUCUGAAGCGAGCUGCCAGCAACCUCCGUCCGUCCCUGAGGCUGCUGCUCCCAAGCCGUCACGUAGGGCUCACGGAUCGGCGGCGCAUCCUGGCUCGCCAGCUGGGCGAGUUCAUCAUCUCUUACAAUAAGGAAACAGAGCUGAUGGUUCAGAAACUAUCAAAAAAGAAACAGGAAGAGGAGGAGGGAGUGAAUCCUAAAGAUUUUCAGAGCUUCAUUGCCAGAGCAAGUGAAAGUGACCUGGAGGAAGUACUGACUUUUUACACACAGAAAAACAAAUCAGCAAGUGUCUUCCUAGGAUCAAAAUCCACAACCACAAAACACAGCAACAGCAGUCACCAGUUAGAGAAGCAGCUCCAAGGUGAGCAUCCUGAGAUGGUGAAAAAAAUAAAAGGCGAUCACCCCAAAGGUUCAGUUGCAGAUUUGUCUGAAGAAGGAGCACUACAAGUCUGUAAACCCAAAGAAGCUAAAUCAAGCUUUCCAGACGGACUCACCUUCUCCUUAAAUGCUGAAGCGAAAUUACCUCAGUGCAGCCCUCCUGGUACUUCUUCUUCUCUUCCUGGUGCCACGUUCCAGAGGAUCACCAGUUCUUGGAUGUCAUCUCAGCCUGCAGCCUCUGAAAAUCCAAAGGUGUCUGGUCAGCCUUCAUUGCCGGCUUCUCCAGCUGGUCCCAGACUGAUUCAGUCCCCACCCCCACUACACUCCUUGCAGAGCACAGCUCCUGAGAGCUCUUCUGUCCUCACAAACUCUGUGUCCACUGAGACUUGUAGCCUUGCAGGGUUACAUCGUCGUUCUGAUAACUAUACCAUUGGCCCAUUCUCAUCUUUUCAGAGAGCUGUUCAGAUCUACAGCCAAAGAUUGUCCCAAAUACCCUCUGCAAAAGUAGGUCUCCAUCGCAGCUCCGGCGGGCAGUCUGUGGGCGCAGCCAGGAUGCACAAGGAUGCAGAGCACACUGCCCAGGGCAAACGUCAUGGGCCCGCAGUGGCAGCAGCAGAACUGCAGCAGCUGGCAGAAAAGCAAACAGCCUGCCAGUAUUCCCCACCAAGCCACGUCAGUCUCGUUACACAGCAGUUAACAAACCUGGACUUGGCAAGUGGAGCUAUAAGCAAGGGGAAUGCAGCUGCCCCACAGAGCUACUGGUCACCACUCAAAAAAAGAGGGUCACUGUGGCCUGUUCAGUCAGACACUCAUAGAGAUGACAAAAGAUCUGUCUCUUCAGCAGUCAGGGCUGCAGAGAAUCAUAAUUUUGCCUUGGAAGGAGAGAUGGAGAACAGCGUCUACAAGGUGACACGGAGUCCUGCGGCACAUCCCAGCUAUCAGCUUCAAUUUGCUGUGCAGCAGCUUCAGCAGCAGAAACUCCAGUCAAGACAGCUGGUGGAGCAAAACCAAGCACGGCAACAGGCUGUUUUUGCCAACUACUCACAAUCCAGCACCAGUCAUUUAUCUAUGCCAGCUGGCUCUGAUGCCCGCAAGACAUCAAAUGCCACUUCUAGUAUCCAGAAGGCAGCCAGUUUGCACAAAGUGAUGCCAUCCCAGAGUACAGCUCCUCAGCUGGUUCCAAAGCCUCCAACAAACCACAGACAGGCAGUGAUCAAAAAGGCUGCAGCCCAGAGGAUAUCCAAUUUGACCUCCACUGAAAAGCAACUGAAUGGAUUCCAGAACAGCCUUCACAGUGCUGUACCCUGUGAGCCAGGGACGUGUUCCACAGCUUCUGCUCGCAGAGAAGGAUUAACACAGAACUCCAGGUGAGGAAUCCAAGAGUUGCUUCAAGUAUGGGACAAAGGAAGAAGCAGCAGCAGUGACUUCACACCAUCACGUUCCCACAUCAGGCAAAAAAGAGAGAAGAGGAGGCCUUGGUGAGAGAACAACUCACUGAAAAGAGUAUCUAAACAUCUGUGAAGGCAGAUUGUGGUGAUACACCUGCAAGCUGAGAUGAAUGAAUGCUUCUGAGAGCUUCUGCUGCUGAGUCCUUGUCCCUUCCUUCCAUUUCUUCCUGAUCACUAACUGUGAGAUCUUUCUGUAAGACAAGACUUCUUUCCUGCAGCUGUUCUUCCUAAAGUCCAGGUUUGAACAUAGUCUCACUUGCUCAGCCAUUUCAAUCUGUUAUAGUCUGGUAAUAGCCAAGAUUCCAUACUUUCAUCACAUGGCAACCAUCAGCAGAGAAAAAUAUUAGAACAUGCGACUGGAGAUGUCUAUGUUGGUUGCCAUCUUGAAUUUUGGCACAGAGCCAUAGAAAUUAACAGUUUAAAUAAAGUAAUUUCAUUUGUU